AGGCGCAAUGCCAGGUCUUCGCGACGUCCUACAACCCUGAGGGUGUCCGUAUGGGCACCAAGAUCCUCCGACAACGACUACGAGGUCCAGCCACGGCAGCAUACUACCCUCGAAAGACAGCGACGAUACAGGACCUCAAGCGCGAAUUCGGACCAACCCUGGCAACCUGGGAUGAGGGGGAGGAGGACCGAUUCGAGUACAUCGAGGAACUCAAGCUUCGCGGAAAGAGUGCGCCCAAGAAGAAGAAGGGACCUCCAGCUCCUACCGGCAAGAAGCGAUAAAUCAAACAAUGAAUGUAAUGACAAAUUCGAUCUCGAUCAUGGCAAUGUAGGAAAUUCCAGGGAUCCCCUACAAACAGUAGACGAUAUUUCGAUUUUACGACUCCUUGUAUGUGGUGUUGGGGCAGUGAUGACGAGGAAAGCCAAGACAUCUAUGGUUUUCUCUUCAGUAUGUACAAUUACUUGUAUUACCGCAAAGAAUGCGUUGUUCAAUUCUCAA